AUGCCAUUGCUUCCUAAAGAAUUGUUUGAUAAGUGGAAUGAUGCAUUGUGUGAAGCUCUUUUUGUUACUGUUCCUAAAUUCUACUGUCCAUUUAAGGAUUGUUCUGCUAUGUUGUUGGAUGAGAAUGAAGGGGUGGAAGAUAUUAGGGAAUCUGAAUGCCCUUUUUGUCAUAGAUUGUUUUGUGCAAGGUGUCAUGUUCCUUGGCAUCCCGGGAUUGAUUGUGAGGAGUAUCAAACAUUGAAUGCUGAUGAACGAGGGCGUGAAGAUCUUCUUGUUAGAGAGCUUGCUAACGAGAAAAAAUGGAGAAGGUGUCCCACUUGCAAGUUCUAUGUUGAAAAAACUGAAGGUUGUUUGCAUAUCACUUGCAGAAUUGAAUUAGUGAGUGCAGGGUGGUGUUUGUUUGCAGGUGCCGGUUUGAGUUUUGCUAUGCUUGUGGAGAACAAUGGACUUCUACUCAUGGUGGUUGCCAACCAAGUUAAAUAG